GCGGACUUUUAAUUUGAAAUCAAAUCAGUCCGCAGAACCGGAAGUAUCCUUAGCCGCUAAUAUCACUGUGCUAAGGCGGAUCCCCUUCUCUAACGUCUUUGAAACUUUGUUCCGAUUCAAAGAUCCACUCUGUUAAACACAAUCAUCAGCCGGUGACUCGGUGACACUCCGACAGCAGUGGAAGAGCAUGGGGGACAAGGAGCUGAUGUGGGCUUUGAAAAAUGGUGAUUUGGACGAAGUGAAAACGUUACUGAAGAAGGAUGAGGAUGUGAACCGGACGCUGGAGGGCGGUAGAAAGCCCCUGCACUACGCUGCGGACUGCGGCCAGGCUGAGAUGGUGGAGUUCCUGUUGUCUAAAGGAGCAGAUGUGAAUGCUCCAGACAAACAUGGCAUCACUCCAUUGCUGUCUGCCACUUAUGAGGGUCACCUCGCCUGCGUCAAAAUCUUACUAGAGAAGGGUGCUGAUAAGGAGAGGAAGGGACCAGACGGGCUGAGUGCGUUCGAGGCAGCAGAGAGCGAUGCCAUAAAAGCCCUGCUGAAGUGAGGCUCAGCCCACAGGCCUGCAGCUCUGAGGUGCAAACAGACACUUGGCUGCCACCAGACAGAUCACACACUCAUGCACACGUCUUCGCCUCUGCCCGGUGGCUGCCUCGUCGUCUUCUGGGUUUUCUUUUUGUGUUCCACAUUUUUUUUUAUUAAUAUUUUGGGGGAGUGGGUAUAUGAUUACUCUGCUAGCAUAUUCGAAUUAGCGGACCUCUCAAUCAGUCGUGCCAUCCACACGGACCACUGGCUGGGAGGAAGCUGUUUAUCUCCACCCCUGUGUACCACUAAACACACACUUCGAGCACUUAUUUACAGAACAAAGCUUUCACAUCUUGCAGAUGAUCCCCAGCCAAAGAAUCAGCAGAGAAUAAUGAUGUAAAUGUGUUUUGUACUGUAAGACUGUAAGAGGCUGGUUUUUAAAUUUAGAGAAGAAGAAUUUGAUGUCUAAUGCCUAGUUCCAUAUGUGAUCAGGGGUGGCGUAUGGGACUAGUGGAGUGGCAAAUAAAUAAUUAACCCUCUCCCAGUGGAAAAACAACACAAACUACUUCCUGUUUGUUACAUUCCCACAGAGCAGUCUUGACAAGCUCUUCUAACAAUAGCUUACAAAUAAUAAUGAAUAAAAAAAGGUAUUGAAACCGUGUCAUGUCAGCCUGCACUUCACCUUUUGUCUGCUCAGUUAUGUUUUUACUCUUGAAACUAUGGCUUAAUAAGAAAAAAAAUAAUAAAGGCUCCAAGUUUUCUGCUGAGAGAGAGUAGAACCAGACAAGCACUUGUGUCACUGAUGAGGAUGGACUCUUCUGCUUACCCGACUGCAUGCUAAUGCCUCUGCUCCUACACGCUGAAAAAACACUGCGCUUUCUCUCGCUCGCUCGCUUUCUGGUUUUGUUUUUGUUUUGGUUUUCUUUGACGUCACAAAUUCAAUCAUGAAACAAAACAAAAAAAGAACAGAUUAAUGCUUUCUAUCUGGCUUCAUUGUGAGAAAGGUUGGUGAAAGAAAAAUGAAUAAAAGUUUUAAUUUGAACACA